GUUAGUCUAUUUGUUCGUUGUUUAACUGUAUCUAAAUCUGAAUCUGUAGCAUAGGCCAUUGCAUCUGCAUUCUGAAUCUGUGGAGGGUCACUGCCUGAGCGGACGCGCUCGAAGGGCACACCCCGUAGGAAACGGAGACGUCCCGAUUCCUCGUCUGGGACCUGGGGAGGUCCAAUCUGUAUCUGAGACCUGGGAAGGUCCAAUCUGUAUCUGGGGACCUGGUUAGGUCCAAUCUGUAUCUGGGGAUGAAGAGAAGAGGGACUGCUGCAGAGUUCUCGUCCCAUCUGUAAGGUCUUUGGUCUCCAAAAAGAUUUCUCCAAAAGAAAUCAUGCAGGACCUUGAAUACUUUGCUGCUUAGAUAUUUCUUCUGCUAUAUAUUCUACUUCAUAGCUCUUAAGGUCAUCUCUCCAUAAAGCCUUUGGGCAGAAAUAAAAUAAUAAAAUUAAGCUGAGGUUUCUGUCAGCUUAAUUUACAUGAGUUUAGAAUAUCUUGUUCCCAUUUCUAUCUGAGAUCUCUGUAGAAUUGACUUUGCCAUCCAUAUUUCUUUUUUUUUUUUUAAUUUUUUUUGACAGGCAGAGUGGACAGUGAGAGAGAGAGAGAGACAGAGAGAAAGGUCUUCCUUUGCCGUUGGUUCACCCUCCAAUGGCCGCCGCGGCCGGCGCUGCAGCCGGCGCACCGCGCCGAUCCGAUGGCAGGAGCCAGGAGCCAGGUGCUUUUCCUGGUCUCCCAUGGGGUGCAGGGCCCAAGCACCUGGGCCAUCCUCCACUGCACUCCCUGGCCACAGCAGAGGGCUGGCCUGGAAGAGGGGCAACCGGGACAGAAUCCGGCGCCCCGACCGGGACUAGAACCCGGUGUGCCGGCGCCGCAAGGCGGAGGAUUAGCCUAGUGAGCCGCGGCGCUGGCCGCCAUCCAUAUUUCUGCAAACAUUCUAGUCACAACUACUUAAGUAAUCUCUCUCUCUCUCUCUCUCUCUCCCUCCCUCCCUCCCUCCCUCUCUGAUUUAUUUAUUUAUUUUGAAAGGCAGAAUUAUGGGGAUGGUGUGGGUGUGGGGUGGAGAAAACCUUCCAUCUGCUGGUUCACUCCCCAAAUGGCUGCAAUAGCUGGGAUGGGCCAGGCCAAAGCCAGGAUCCAGGAGCUCCUUCUGGGUCUCCCACAUGGGUGACAGGGGCCCAAGCACUUGGGCUAUCUUCUGCUGCUUUCCCAGGUACAUUAGUAGGGAGCUGGAUUGGAAGUGGAACAGUCCAGACACAAACUGGUGCCCAUAUGGGAUGCUACCACCACAGGUGGCAGCUUUUCCAACUAUACCACAGUGCUGGCCUUAAGUAAUCUCUAAGAACAUUUUCCCUAAAGCUCUCUUCUUCUGAGCCUCCAGAGAAUUUCCCUAAUGUUCCAUUCAUAGCAAUUUUGCUAUGUACUCCUUUGCAAUUUUGCUAAUGUACUCCGCUAAAUUCUUUUAGUCUCUUCCUAUUAUCCAGUCCUAAGUUGUCUAACCCAUUUUCAGGGAUUUAUUAUAACAACAACUCUACUUCUGAUACAAAUUUCUGUCUUGAUAUUGUGUUGCAAUUACCAGAAUACCUUAAACUGGGUGAUUUAUAAGGAACAGAUUUAUUCUUACAUUUCUGGAAUUUGGGACAUCCAAGUUCAAGGGGCUCAAAUCUGACAAGAGUCUUCUUGUUAUGUCAUCCCAUGGAGGAAGGCAGGGGUGAAAGUGAGCCAGAAAGUGCAGAACCCAUUCUUACAACAAAACCUACUCUUGAGAUAGCAACAUUAACCCAUUACAAAGGUCAGAGUCCAUGUGACUUUUAUCACCUCUUCAAAUGUCCCAUAUCUUUAUACUGUUGCACUAUGAAUUAAUCUUACAACACAAGACUUUCAGAACAGAUUCAAAUCAUUGAUUCAAAACAUUAGGUUUGGCAAUUAUUUCAUCAAUAUGACACCAAAACCAAAGGCAACAACAAAACCCCAUAGAUAUAUUGGAUUUUAUCAAAAUUUAAAAUGUGUGUGCAUCAAAAGACAAUAUCAAAAAGGUGAAAUACACACAAAUCACAACAACAGAUCACGGCUUACAGUACAGGGCUUAUAAAAUAGAAAAUAACUUCUAGAAAAAUGUUUUUUCCAUGAUAUGAAGAGACACCUGGAAAUUUGAUUUUAAAUAAUCAGUUACUUUGAAGAACAGCACUCCACAGGAAAUAUUUUCUCCAGAAUCUGUCAACUGAUCAAAUGUUUUUGAAAUCUCAGUUUUGGGAAGCCUCUCCCAAGCAUCUUGUCUUAAUGAAAACACGUCCAAAAUCAUUGAAUCUGACCUUCAGUAAACAGGGACAAAUAUUAUUUGAAAAGCUACACAAUGACUAGAAUUUAAUGAAUAAUGAUGACUGGGCUUCUUCCAAUUAUAAGGGACCUAAAUAACAUAUUUUAUUGGGAACUAAGAGGAUUUAUUAGUUUAUUUCAAAAGUACUAUAACUUCUAUCAAGCCAUCAAGCUUACUUGAGUGGAAGGGAUCUGAUAUGAUGAAAUUUUCAACUCAAACAAAUCAGGCCUGUAAAGAUGUGAUCUUAUUUGCAUUUAAUAUUUAUCUGUACUUUGAGAGUUAUCUAACAAGCCUAUUGUUCCAAAACUGUUGACUUGUUUUAAAAUUUGAAAAGCAAUAAAAAUUGUGUUCAAAAAUUAUAACACAUGUAUUAUAUAAUAACUUGGUCAUCAAGAUACAGAAUUUUGUGCAUGACCAUAGAUUACAGAUCUAUUCUUUAUGUGAUUAUGAUAUUUUUCUUCUCAUAUCUGGGAUAUGUGGGUAUCUCCUAGUCUCCAAAAAUAGUAACUACAAUUUUAAAUUAAAAUAUUUGGUUAACUGGUAACAACUCACCAACUACUCGGGGAAUCCAAAGGAAAAGGUAGGUAGACAGAAAUAAGAUCUGAUUUCCUACCAGUGUAAGAAGGUCUCCAGUGUGUGCUCUCCCAAGACUUGAGUCAACUGUAUGGCAAAUCUAUUUCUAGUUUUUUAAGAAAUCUUUGUGGGGCCAGCAUUGUGGAGUGAAGCGGCAGAUGGAAGAUUCAGUCAUUCCCCCACCCCCUCUUUCUAACUCUGCCUUUCAAAUAAAUUAAGUCUUUUUUUAAAAAUGAUGAAUGGAAGCCAGUGCUGUGACAUAAUGGGUAAAACCAAUACCUACAGUGCCAGCAUCCUGUUUGGCUGCUGGUUCAAGUCCCGGCUGCUCCACUUCCGAUCCAGAUCUCUGCUAAUGGCCUGGGAAAGCAGUAGAAAAUGGCUCAAGUGCUUGGGCCCCUGCAUCCAUAUGGGAGACCUGGAGGAAGCUCCUGGGUCCUAGGUCUUGGCUUCAGAUUGGCCAUUGUAUCCAUUUGGGGGUAAACAAGUAGAUGGAAAAUCUUUCUCUCUUUGCCUCUGCCUCUCUGUAACUCUGACUUCAAAUGAAUAAAUAAAUCUCUAAAAAGAAGAAAAAUGAUGAAUGAAAUAUCAAAUACAUUAAAUAUGUUCCCUUUACAUAAAUUAAAAAGUAAACUUGCAUUUGUUGCUAUCUAUCUUUUGGAUAAUAGCCAUUGUGACAGGGGUGAGAUAAUAUUUUGUGGCUUUAAUGUAUUUCACUGAUGGCUAGUGAUACUAAAUAUUUUUCACAUUUUUUUGGCCGUUUGUAUUUCUUCUUUUGAGAACUGUCUAUUCAGGUCCUUGGCCUAUUUCUUAAUUAUAUUGGUUGUUGUUGUUAUUGAGUUUUUUGAGUUGCUUAUAUAUUCUGUAUAUUAAUCUUUUGUUGGAUAAGUAGCUUGCAAAUAUUUUGUUUCAUUGUCUUAGAUGUCUUUUCACUCUAUUGAUUUCCUUUGCUGUGCAGAAGCUUCUGAGUUUGGUAUAAUCAAAUCUGUCUAGUUUUGCUUUUGUUGCCUGAACUUUGGGGGUUUUUACAAGAAGACAUCAACUAUAGAAAUAUCUUUAAUUAUUUCUCCUGUAUUUUCUUCACUGUGGCGCAGCUGGUAAAGCUUCUGCCUCUAGCACCAGCAUCCAUAAGGGCACCAGUUUGUGUUCUAGCUACCUCACUUCUGAUCCAACUCACCACUAAUGUGCCUAGGAAGCAGUGAAAGAUGGCCCAAGUGCUUGGACCCCUGUACCCACAUGGGAGACCCAGAAGAAGCUGCUGACUCCUGGCUUUAAAGUGACCCAGCUCUGGCUGUUGCAGCCAUUUGGGGAGUGAACCAAUAGAUGGAAGAGCUCUUUCUCUCUCUUUUUGUAACUAGCCUUUCAAAUAAAUGAAUAAAUCUUUUCUUAAAAAAUUAAAUAAAAAAUUUUAAAAAGAAAAUCAAGAGGCCAGCACUGUGGCACAGCUGGUAAAGCCUCUGCCUGUGGCACCAUCAUCCCAUAUGGGCACUGGUUCAAGUCCCGGCUGCUCCUCUUCUGAUCCAGCUCUCAGCCUGGAAAGGCAGUAGAGGAUGGUCAAAGUGCCUAGGCCCCUGCACUCAUGAGGGAGGCACAGAGGAAGCUCCUGGCUCCUGGCUUUGAAUUGGCCCAGCUCCAGCUGUUGCAGCCAUUUGUGAAAUGAACCAGUGGAUGGAAGACUUUCUCUCUCUGUCUCUACCUCUCUCUGUCUAUAACUCUACCUCUCAAAUAAAUAAAACAAUCUUUAAAAAGAGAGAAAGAGAUUGAGAGAGUCAACCAUAUGGAGCUCUUGUAUUUUCAAAUCAUGCUGGACUCUCUGGAGGGCAGAGUAGCCAACAAACUUUGGCAUUCCUUGUUCACUUAAGAUUCCAGUUUCAUGCAACUUUGAAUGGAAGAGGGCACUGUACACUUUAAACACUAUUACAUGAGCCAAAGCAAUAUUUUUGGAAUUUUAAUACUUUUCAUAAGGCUUGGUUUAAAUACCAUCAGGUUUUUUUCUUUAUUGAACAAUUAAUUAAUCCACUUAUGUAGAUCCCAUAGAUGGAUACAGAAGGCAUAGUAGAAAUCAGCUUAAUUGUAAUCUGUUAAUACUUUGAAGAAGAAAUGCAAAUACAUACAGGGGAUUCAGGAAUAUGAGAUGGCUCCACAGCAAGUGUUAACCAAGAUAAUCUAUAGUUGAUGAAUUAACAGGUCAGUAUUAUUUUUAUUAUACUUCGAUUUUCUGUAGUGAUCAUGAUAUGCCUUCGAACAACAUUAAAAAUAACAAAUAUUUUAGUUAACAUAAAAUUUCUAAGUUAAACCAGCAGAGAAUAGGAAUCAUUAGGAGCACCGAGGAAUAUGGAAUGCGAAGAGGAAAGGAAGGGUGAACGAGAGAGAAAGAGGGGCGAAAAAGAAAUUCAGUGGCAGUGGGAGGAGAAUGGGGAGGGGUUAGGACCAGUGACUCAAGAGCUGCAUGAUAGCACAAGGGAUAUAAAAGCCUGCUUGAGUCAGGAAGAGAAAGCAGCCUGAAGCCCAGAGUAGACACAAGGGCACUGGUUGGUAAGCAACCACAGAAGCAGUCCCUGAGAACUGAACCACUCAGCACAGGAGAGACCAGCCCAGCAUGCCCAGCCUGUUCUUGUCCUCUCUUCCAGUAGUCUGGCUGCUGCUAAGUCAGCUCACCACAGAAAGCUCUGCCAAAUGGGUGGACGAUGAAAAGGUGACAUUAUGUGGCACUGAAUUUGAUGCGACCAUGAUGAUCGUGUGCAUGGAAGACAAAGUCUACAAAGAAAAAGAAAAGCAGCAAUCUGGAUCACUAAAAAUGAUGCCAUCCUCCAUCAACAAUGAUGCAGACAUCUUAGAUAUAUCAGAAUACGUGCCUAACUUGUCACAGGAACAGAAGGCCAUACCAUCUGAGGAAGAGCCAUCAUUGAUGAAAGUACUACGUGCUGAACAAAAGAAAAUGACAACUGAGGAAAUUGCCAAAAUAUGUUGUGAAGAAGGUUGUGACAAAGAAACUUUUAUUCAAGUGUGCCAAGCAUUGUGAUUGUGAACUUCACACCCACCUUCAUGUAUAUUGCUCAUGACACAUUUGUUGAUGUCCAGUGGAGUCACCAUUGAUUGUUAGAAUAUGAGAAAUCAUUAUUAGUGUUUACAUUUUCCAUGUCUUCUCUAAUAAUAUAGUCUUUCUGAUUCUACUUUCUCUGAAAAAUGAAUUGUUUUCUACAUAAACCUUUGUCUUAUUAGUGGUAUAAAUAUAUCAAUGUCUUACUAAUGGUAUAAUGAAAUUUUGCUUUUGAAUCUUAUUAAAUUUAUAAUGAUUAAAAACUUCUUUAUCUAAUCAAUAUAGUAACUUUUCUGUAUACACCAAACACCAGGUUCACAUAAAAGUGACAACAUUUUAAAUCAACCUUGUCAACAAAGACCAUAUGAACACAAAACCACAAUAAUUAUAUUUUUCUGCUCAAGUUGAAGUAGGGUUUGGGGAGAUCAUAUUGAAAUACUGUUUGAAAACUAUCUAAGUGACAAUAAAUUUGGAUUUUUGUGCUCAAAUGAAUAAUUAUUUUUAAAAGAUUUAUUUAUUUACCUGAAAGUCAGAGUUACAGAGAUGGAGAGACAAAGAAAGAGAUCUUCCAUCCACUAGUUCACUCCCCAGAUGGCUGCAAUGGCUAAGGCAGGCCAGACUGAAGCCAGGAGCCAGGAGUUCCAUCUGGAUCUCUAGUGUGGGUGGCAACAACCCAAACACUUGGGACAUCUUUUGCUACUUUUCCUAUGCCAUUAGUAAGGAGCUGGAUGGGAAGUGGAGCUGCCGAACAUCAACCAGCAACCACAUGGGAUACUGGCAUUGCAGGUGGUGGAUUUAUCUGCUACAUUACAAAGAUAGCCCCCUAUAAUUAUUAAUUUAACUAAUAUUUCUUCUAUGAU